AUCAAAUCAUCCAUCUUUUGUUUUAAUAGAAUUGAAAAAUAAUGACCAUGGAGACGGGCGGAAACGGUCCCCCAAAGCCGAUAUGGAAUAUAGUGAUGGUUUCGGCUAUUGCCGCCGGGAUUCAGUUCGGAUGGGCUCUGCAACUUUCUCUACUAACCCCUUAUGUUCAAACCCUUGGUGUUCCUCACGUUUGGGCUGCUUUCAUUUGGCUUUGUGGCCCCAUCUCUGGCCUCCUCGUUCAACCUAUUGUAGGCUACUUCAGUGACCAUUGCACCUCUCGCAUCGGUCGUCGCCGACCUUUCAUUGCUGCUGGAGCUUGUUUAGUUGCCAUGGCUGUUUUCUUCAUUGGCUUCGCCAAAGACAUAGGCCAUCGAGCUGGUGAUUCACUGGACAAUCCCACAAAGCCUAGAGCCGUUGCUGUCUUCGUUACAGGUUUUUGGAUCCUUGAUGUGGCUAACAACAUGCUACAAGGUCCAUGUCGUGCUUUUCUGGCCGACCUUUCCGGAAAUGAUCAUAAAAGAAUGAGGAUCGCCAAUGGUUGGUUCUCCUUUUUCAUGGCUAUCGGGAACGUUUUAGGUUAUGCAGCUGGUUCCUAUUCCAAUCUCUACAAACUCUUACCUUUUACAACAACAACUGCCUGUGACGUUUACUGUGCAAACCUCAAAACUUGUUUUAUCAUUGACAUUGUUUUUCUCCUAUCGGUGACUACAACCGCGAUUACCACUGUGAAAGAGACUCCAUUAAAGAGUAACGGAUCUCUAGACGAAGGCGAAGGAGGAUCAUCCGAGCCUUUCAUUGGGGAGAUAGUGACGGCAUUCAAGACCUUGAAAAAGCCAAUGUGGAUAUUGCUUCUCGUGACUUGUCUUAAUUGGAUCGCCUGGUUUCCCUUCUUGUUGUACGACACUGACUGGAUGGGAGUGGAGGUAUUCGGAGGGAAAGUGAAGGGAAGUUCAAGUGAACAAAAAUUGUAUGAUGAUGGAGUGCGAGCUGGUGCGUUGGGUCUGAUGAUAAAUUCUAUAGUGUUGGCGGUUACGUCGUUGGGGUUGGAGCCUGUUAGUCGCUUCGUUGGAGGAGUCAAGAACUUGUGGGGGGUUGUCAACUUCAUUUUGGCUGCAGGCUUGGCCGGGACCGUGUGGAUCACCAAGGUGGCUGAGGCUUGGAGGGCUAAACAAGGACUCCAAAUCUUGACUUCUCCUCCCAGCAACGUCAAAAGCUUUGCCUUGGCUGUGUUUGGAUUGUUGGGUAUUCCACUUUCGGUAACAUUUAGCAUUCCAUUCGCAUUGGCAUCCAUAUAUUGCGCUGAUGCCGGCGGUGGUCAAGGUCUGUCAUUGGGAGUACUAAACUUGUCUAUAGUUAUUCCACAGAUGUUUGUAUCAGUGAUUAGUGGACCGCUUGAUGCAGCAUUUGGUGGCGGAAACUUACCAGCCUUUUUGUUAGGCUCUAUUGUGGCAGCCAUUAGCGCUUUGUUGGCAAUUUUUGCGCUUCCCAACCCGAAAAAUCAUCUCUCCCUCAACUCUGGAACUGUAGUGGGUGGAGGCCAUUGACUGCUCACGAUUUCAUUUUUGUUUGUUAUAAACAUUUUCUAUUUUGAAUAACUGUUAGUAGGUUGUUAAGCUGUUAGUGAUUCGUUAAGGCGAUGAUUAGAGACUUUAAGUAUAUAGAUUAUAAAUUUUCUAAUGAAACAAGUUUUAUUGAACAGAGUAUACAAGGUUAAUUUCUCGGUUUCUAUAA